UAGUUUAUGGUUUUCUCCGUUAAACGUUCUCCCGUGUGUGCGUGUGUGCGUGUGUGGGGGUGAUGGAUGCUUUGUCUCUGAAACUACCUCGAGGGUUCCGAUUCAGUCCAACGGAACAAGAGCUCAUCGACGACUUCUUGAGUUCAAAGAUUAAUGGGAAGAAUCAUGAAGAUAUUUACUUCAUUCGCGAAGUUCAGUUCUGUAAAUGGGAGCCUUGGGAUUUGCCGGAUAUGUCUGGCAUAGUGUCCAAGGAUCGGGAGUGGUUCUUCUUCUCGCCAACGGAACAGAAGCAUCGGACUGGGAAUCGAUCGAACAGGGCAACCGAAACUGGGUACUGGAAGUCCACCGGUAAAGAUCGGCAAAUCAAGUCUGGCUCGACUUUGAUCGGAAUGAAAAAGACUCUGGUGUUCUACCUAGGGCGUAGUCCUACCGGGAUAAAAACCCCUUGGGUAACGCAUGAGUACCGGACAACCCAGAAGGAACUCAACGGCACGAACCCUGGUCAGAAUCCCUUUGUCCUGUGUCGUUUAUUUGAUAAACAAAAAGAGAGUAGCAAAGGUCCAAACUUCAAUGAUGCUAGACCUGCCACUGGUCUUGAAGAAGCAGAGUCUGAUCUAGCUGUGGCUUCAGCAUCGGAAGUGCAAGCUGAGGAUAAUGGAACAAUCAAUGAAUGUUCUAAUUAUGAGAAUUCUCAUGGGACAAUAUCUGACACUACAGCACUUGUUGAGAGUGAUGACAACAAUUCUAGUGCUUGUUUCGCAGAAUUUAUACUUACCAAGGAUGAUUUGCAGCAAGAAGAAGAAAUACGAAGGGUCCUGAAUCCAUUAGAUUGUGAACCAUUGUCCUCAUUAAUUUCGUCCUCCAAUAAGCCUGCUGUUUCAUCCCCUGCAAUAGCUAAAUCUUCUCUCAGAGAAGCAGAGUCUGAGCCAGCUGAAGCUGACAAUUACCUCAAAUUAUGUUAUCCUGAAGACAAUUAUGAUGGGAUAAUUUCCAACGCCCUUGCAUAUGCUGAGUGUAACCAGAUUAGUGAUAAUGUUUAUGCCGCAAAAAAUCAAAUGGCAGGAGCAACAGCUACUGAGGGUGACUUGCAAUCGGAGGAUGGCUUGGCUAUGUCCGAUCUCUCACAAGGGUCAAUAGAUUGGAACUUACUCUUCCAGUUCUUCCCCUCUUCACCCUCGGAUAUGCACAAAGAGUCAGAUCCUUUUUGCAUAUCAGACGCUGUCACCAAUGACUUGAACAGCAGUCAUGGUGGGGUGUGUUUACAAUAUGAUCUGAAUGGUUACCCUUAUAUUCCCAAUAUGUCUGGCAGUCAAAAAAAUCUCACUUUUGGCUGUGAGACUGGGAAAAGCGCAGUCUCUACUAGGGACAAUGGAUCAUGCAGUGGGUCAGAUGUGGAAAUGGAGGACUUUCUGGUAAGUUCAAGCUCUCAGGUACCUUUUAUUAAUAGGUUUUGCAAGUUUAGCGAAGAAAUUUUGUGCGUUGUUGUAUCAGCUUGAAUGCCGUGAGUUGAUACAUUUUAACUUGAGCAAUGGCUUCAGCUUGAAUCUUUUAUUUUCAGAGUUAUUGGUCUUUUGAUAGCUAAUAAUGUAUUGUUCCUGUGUACAACAGCUUGAGCCGACAUUUGAAGAUUCUGAAGAGGUCAACAAAAGAAAGGCUUCAUCAGGGUUUUUAAAUCCAGAACCUAUAUCAUCGAUGGAAGGGUCUGGGCCUUCAAAUCAGAUCAUAGGAUCUGAUUUGACUCCAAUGAAUUAUUGGUAUUAAUAAUUCUUUGGAAGAUGAGUAUUAACAUAUGGAAUACUCAUCGCUAAUUUGCUCAGUUUCUGAAGCAAUUCCAGUACCUAAACACCAAAUUAGUAUUAUUUUGUUAAGCCAAUGCCAAUUAUGCUUUUUAGCAUCAAUCCUUGAUUCCAAGGGAAUACUUCCUUUGGAAAUUAUUCGAAAAUGUUUUCUGCUGAACCAGCAUUUCCCUCCUUUGGAAAUCUGGAAGUUAUUAAACACAAACCUCAUACCAAAACAUCCGCAAAAUACCCCAGCCAAGUAGUCCAUGACUACAAUUACUUUUUCACGAACCCAAUGCAUUAUUGGCCAAUUUCAAUUUCUCCUUAUUACAUUCAAGUUCUAUCCAUGGCUAAUAGCCAUAAAAAGAAACUGUUUCCCUAUUAAUGGUUACUCUGUCAUGAACUUUGAGGAAGACCCUCAAGUUUCAUGGUCAUGUUGAGAUUAUACCAGAAUCUUGUAAAAGAAUCUGGUUCUGAGACCAUAUUAAAUGAUUAUCAGAAAAUUAAAAUUAAGGAUCUGAUAAUCAUAUGGAUGUUACCCUAUCAAAUUAUUAUACAAACCUAAUAUAAAUGAGGUUCAAUAAUCAUAUGUGGAAGCCACCAAAUCAAGUGACUAUGAGAGCCUGAAAAAAGAGGUUCUGAUGAUCGUUUGGAACCUGAGUAAACUGGAUGCUACGGACACACUCCCGCAAAUUCAAGAUAGCGUGGUCUGUUUGUGGGAUCUGGGAUUUUCCUGGCUUACUGGUCAAGAGUUCAUGGAGUAUUUCUCUGCAGAAAUCUAAGAGGGGAGGAAAGCAUCACCGCCACCGCGUAAGAGAGCAGGAAGAUUUACAACCAUGGUAAAUUGGAAAAGAAUGUAAUUUAAGCUACUUUAUUUUGCUUGUAAGAAAUGUUGGUUUGUACUUUAGCAACAGACAUAUGACUGUAAAUAAUGUUGUGUUAGAUAGAAGGGUUUGGCUUUGAAUACCUUAUCGGUUUCUUUCAGUCAAGAGUUCAGGAAACCGUAGAAGGGUCUGAAACUUGUCUUAAGUUGAAGACAAUACUCUCUACUCGCUAUGUAUAAGGGUAGAAGUUUCUUUGAUAUAUUCUCUGCCUAUGUUGGAUUGUAUUCUCAGCCUAUGUUGGGAUGAUUUACUAUUACCAAUGGAUUGGAUUGUGUUGGAUUGUA